AUGGCGUCCUCGUCCAUUGAUCUUUCGUCCUUGCCCCGGAAUCCAGACUCCAAAUACGAGGCUCGAAUGAUCUCUAUCCUAUCGGAUGCCAUCAACAACCCGGCGCCUACCGAGCUCUCCGCCGAGACUGCAGCCGACGAGAUUGACAAGCUUUACCCAGCCGGGACCCCUGAUGCCGAAGACUUUCUCUGGAGCCUCUGGUCGCUUCUUGUCAGCGUGGCUAAAAAGAUUCCCGCUCACGAUGCUCGACAGCAGCUAUUGGUCACGAUGAUUGAAAAGCUGAAAAGCAAACGGGACGACCAAGUUCAGAUGUGGGGGCAAACGACGAGGGUUUGGACAGAGUUGCCCAUGCUGGGACCUGUCAUGAGAGACUCGUGGAACUUUUCGCCCGAUUUUGACGGCUCAGACGGCGAUAACGGCACCAUCCAAGAGUGGAUUUCUCUCAACUCCUUCGCCGCCCGUCUGUACGGUGCCGGUCUUCAACCUUGGAUCAACUUGGCCAUUUGGGAACUACGUUCUGGCCUGGAGGAGACACCCGAAGACCGACCCAACGCUCGAGAUACCAGAAUUGCCACCGCCCACGAGUGGAUCACGCAUGCAGGCAAGCAGCUAUAUCGCAACGGACGGCAGCCUCAAAAACUAGAUGAUGUGGAGCAGAGAGCUUUGAAACCCGGCAGACUCUUCAAGAGCGAAACGUCGGGAUUGUCCAAUGAGCGGUGGAAUUUUUGGAGAGAAAGGAUUGGCGUCUUGGGCGGUGGCGCGGGAAGCGGAUCAUCAAAAGAAAAGGCGCAGGAGAUGCUGGAACUCAUGAGCCGGAUUGAGGCCUGA